CAGAUACAGAUUUAACUGUUAUCAAGUGAAAUAAGACUUUUUGUUCCUAUAUUGUCACGUGCAUUUUGGUGUCCUAUUGAUCCAAACUCAGACACUUUAUCAGGACGUGAACAUCACAAGCAAUUGUCUCAGACAUAUUCCUCAGUGAAUAAUAGCCUCAAGUCUUAAUGGUAAAAAAGACAUAUUAAGUCAUGUAUCAGAGUGUGACGGUUGUGUUUAACAAUGCUGAGAUCAUACACUAUGGAUGGCACAGGUAACAUUCAAGGCUCCAUGGCUCACCUGGAGUGUAAUCAGAAGAUCAAAGCUUAUGUAAGGAACUGUUUUACUGUCAACACACUGAAGAAAAAACUGCCAAUCCUCACAUGGCUUCCGAAAUACAGCCUCUACAAUCUACAGUGUGAUUUUAUUGCUGGUCUGACUGUUGGACUCACAGUAUUACCACAGGGGUUAGCCUAUGCAAAAAUAGCACGUUUACCUCCCCAGUAUGGGCUGUACUCAGCAUUUAUGGGCUGUGUGGUGUACUGUUUCCUGGGCACCUCCAAAGACAUCACCAUUGGUCCAACAGCCAUCAUGUCCUUGAUGACAGCUGCUUUUGCCCAGUCACCCGUGGACGGAGACCCCACCUACGCCAUUAUCCUCACCCUCAUGUGUGGGGCAGUCCAGUUCCUGAUGGGCAUUCUUAACUUAGGGAUUAUCGUCAGUUUUAUAUCAUACCCAGUUAUCAAUGCCUUCACCUCUGCUGCAGCUAUUACGAUAGCCUUUGGUCAAGUCAAGGGUAUCUUAGGAUUAUCCAACAUUCCUAGAGAUUUCUUAAAUUGUGUUUAUUACACAUUUGCCAAAAUAGGUCAGACAAAUGUCUGGGACCUAAUCAUGGGAUUAUCUUGUAUUGUGUUGUUAUUUUUUCUAAAGAGAUUUCGAAAUGUGAAUUGGGGGCAUGAUGUGCAAAGCCCGGGAAUUUGUCAGAAGGUGUCUCGUAAAUUUAUAUGGUUAAUAGGAACAGGUGCAAAUGCUGUUGUGGUUGUGUCAUCAGCUCUUGUGGCUGCUGCUGUUGAGAGUCAAAAUCUCCAUGGGAAGAUUACUCUAACUGGAGAUCUGAAGCAGGGCUUACCUCCCUUUAAAGCCCCAAACUUCAGCGUUCAUCAUGGUAAUGUCACAUCAAGUACAGGACAAAUUUUCAGUUCUAUUGGUGUUGGGUUUGCUAUCGUCCCACUGUUAGGGUUAGUUGAAGCCAUUGCUAUAGGAAGAGCUUUUGCCAGGCAGAACAAUUACAAGAUAAAUCCAACUCAGGAACUAAUUGCUAUUGGUGUUGCCAACAUGAUGAGCUGUUUUGUGUCAUCUUACCCUGUGACGGGGAGUUUUUCAAGAACUGCUGUAAAUUCACAAAGUGGAGUAAAGACACCAGCAGCUGGUUUAUUUACAGCUGCUCUAGUUAUGGUCUCCCUUCAAGUAUUAACUCCCUUGUUUUACUACAUACCAAAGGCUGCGCUGUCAGCUGUCAUCAUAUCGGCAGUUUUACAGAUGGUGGAUUAUAAAAUACUACCCAAGCUGUGGAGAACCCAAAAAUGGGACCUCCUUCCAUUAUUUGUUACAUUUAUAUCAUCAUUAGUAAUUGGUAUUGAGUAUGGCAUUCUGGUUGGAAUUGGCUGGUCUGUGGUAACGCUCCUGUAUGCUCUAGCAAGACCAAAACUCAUUAUAGACCAUUAUGAUGUACCUGUGAUACACUUGAGCCAUGGGUUAAACUUCCCUGCUGUGGAGUAUUUAGAAGAGCAAGUUACAGAAAUUCUUUUGUCUGAUAAGAAAGUGCCUGCCAUCAUCCUGGAUUGUACUCACGUGUAUGAUGUGGACUACACAGCAAUACAGGGUUUUGCAUCUCUGAUAGCUGAUACAAAUCACAACCAUGUGGAUAUAUUGUUUACAGGCAUGAGAGGCUCAGUGCUGGACAGUGUGAUGUUGGCAGAAAUCCCUGGCUUUAUUUACACUGCUACAGUGGAUGGUGCGCGGGUAUUGGUUAAUGAGGGCGGGCGUAGGAGAGAUAAUGAGGUUCCAGUAGAAGAGGAUGACCCAACAAGUAAACUACUAGAUGAGAACAAGCCACCACGAAAGGCUUAUACAUGAGCGAUUUAUGCUUAAGUUUCUCACAAAUAAGUGGUUUAUACUUGAAUGAUUUACAAUAUGACAGACUUUAUACAUGAAUAAUCUAAAACUAACAAAUUUUUACAUGACUAGUGUGAUGAAAUGGCUUUAUACAUAAAUGGGUUACGCCUGAGAAGUUUAAUACCCAUGUAGUUUACACAAGAGCAAAUGAAAUGUGAGUGGGUUACACUGACAUGAUCAGCAGUUGGGCAUUAAGUUAUAAGUGGGUUUAAAAUACCAGAGGAGAUUUCAGAUAAAUAGGUUACAUGUAAGUGUUUUCAAAAAGCAGUACGUGUUAGUGAUUUGCAAAUAAUACAACAUAUUGUGUGUGUUUCACUAGAGCAAGUCAGAAAUACUUACAUUUGAUACUGUGCCUUCUGUAUUAACAUGUCUUGCUUUGACCAUGUAAUACAACCAUUAUUAAUCAAGUUAAAGUUUGUGUUGACUUGAAAGAAAAUUACAGGUUUAAAAAAAGGGCGAGAAAAAAAUGUUUUAAAUGGGUUUAAAAUGAUUUAGGGGUUAUUGUAGUAUUGGUACAACUGGGUUUAUAGCAAAAGUUAUGAUCUCAAGUGCUUGUCAUCUUAAUUUGUAAGUAAUGUUUGUUACCUGUGUAUAUCUGUGAUACCAACAGCUAUUGGUGGUUAUUAUUUGUCAGAUGAACUGUUAUGGAGUUGUGAGUAAAAAAAGCUUUUUAUAAAAAUAUUUUAACUGAAGUGUGAAUAUAUGAAGACAUAGAUAACUAAAAUCCUUGAUAUAUUUGAUGCAAUCAUUUAUUUUAGAAGGAACUUUUAUAAUGAAUGCUGCAAUAGUGACCUAUUUUGGAAGGUCAUAUGUACAUGUAUUAGUAUAAAUGAUUUACCAGUAAAUGUUAACCAAUUUUAUCGACAUUCUUUGAAGUACGACCAGGUACGAAAUGUACAUUCUCUUAAAGCAAAAUUAAACAAUUCUUUUAAAGCACUACACUUUUGUUUAUCAUUGGAACGUGAGAUCAUCAUAACUAAAUUUCAUUAAGAGAUGCAAGAUUAUAAAGGUAAAAUUUCUGGAAACAGUGUUCAUUAUUGAAACAAUCACACAAGGUACAAAUGUAGAAAAUGAAACAGAUAUGAAAAAAUUAUAGAUAUAUACAUGUAUAUAUGACGAGCUUGUGUGCAGAAACAUUUAGGCUUUUUCAGUUGAAAAAUUCCUCAGCUUGACUUCUAAGUACAUGUAUGAUGUGAUAUAUUACACAUAUUUCUGUCAUGACUCUCUGCUUUGUCAGGUUCUCCCAGGACUUUGUCAAGAGCAUGAUAGUAAACAAUCCCACAAACUAUUUAGUUUACAGUGUAUGUUAUUCCUGAUGUUUUUGUCUUUGCUGUUGAAGCAAUGAAAAAGGUCAUAAUGCUGACCGAACAUUUUUCCAUGCCUGUCUGUUCAUGAAGGAUGAUU